AUGAUCAGAAAGAGCUGGACUAUAUUUCAAAAAAUUUAUCUCCCUGACGACUUGGUGGAAAAGAAACAGAGGAGGAGGAAAAGAAACCGAACAACUUUAGAACUUUCGAGGCAGAAAAAGAUUCUGUCUUAGAUUUCACAUAGCUGAUUUUUUAAUAAAUUUUAUUAUACGUUGUGGUCACUUUUUGUUUUGUUAUAGGACAUCCUAUUGUAAAAGAGUGAAAAAAAAUUCAUCGUCUUUUUUUCCUGCUUGAUGCAACUCUUUGAGUUCUGUCCUCUGUGCACUGAGCCUUCUACAUCUGAGGUAUCUAAUGUGGUAGGCACUCUUAUCCACGUCACCCAAAAAUGUUUAAGCUGCAGUUAUGCGCGUGUUUGGAGAAGCCAACCAUACAUUAAAAAGAUACCGGCUGGAAAUCUGUUGCUAUCCGCUGCUAUUCUUUACUCUGGUAGUAUGAUCUCCCAAACCCUAAGAAUGCUGAAAAUUCUGAAGGUCCAGUGUUUUAGCCGCCAGACCUAUCAUAAACAUCAGAAGAACUAUCUCAUACCUGUUGUCAUAAAAAUGUGGAAGGAAGAGCAGGAGAAAUUGGUAGAAAGAGUACGUAAUUUAGGUGGUGGUGUUGUUCUUUUGGGGGAUGGUAGAUCUGACAGCCCAGGUCACAGUGCUAAGUAUGGGGCAUUUACGGUCAUUGAACAAAGGAUCAACAAAGUGUUGGAUGUUCAGCUUGUUCAAGUAAGUUAUCCAUCUAAAGGCCACUACUUCUGCUUUGCCAUAAGUAAACUGUUUAAUAAUUAAGACUAAAACUAAUUGAUCUAAAUCUUUUCAAGUCUAAUGAGGUGCCAAACAGUUCCUGGUGUGAACAUGAGGGCCUUCUUCGUCUGGAGACAUUUUUUGCUGGGAAAAACCUUGACUUGGCUGCUAUAUAACAGACAGAAAUCGUCAAAUUGCAGCCCACAUACGAAGGAAUAUGGCACCCAAAGGAACCAGACAUUAUUAUGACAUCUGGCACAUUGCUAAGGGCAAGUUAAAUGGCAUUAGUCUGUGAAACUUUCAUAAUACAAUUAUUUGGGUAUAUGUAUAUCACUGAGGAAAACUGAAAUCAUUUGCACAUUUUGGAAGUUUUGAGUUAACAUUCCUCAUCCAUUUUCUUUCAUUAAAGGAAUUGGUAAAAAGAUUGAUGCCCUCGCAAAGCAAAAAGAUUGUGAAAAUGCUGGCCUGUGGAGGAGGUCUAUCAUAAAUCACCUCUACUGGAUGGCUGCAACUGCAACAGAGGGCAAUGGGGACAUGCUAGAGACUAUGUGGAAAUCACUGACUAACCACAUUCAAGAAGUUCAUGAAGGACAUAGUGAAUUAUAUCCAAAAUGUGCCCAUGGCCAUCUAGAUGAGGAUGAUUGAGACAAGGAGUGGCUCCAACCAUGUGAGAUAUACAAGUCAAUAAAACUUACAAAACUACUGUUUUGACAAGUGUUUUUCUUAUGGUGGCAAAUGUUGUUUUACUUUAUAUUUGCUUUUCAGCAUCGAAGGUUUGUGAGAAAUUAACUGACAUCCUACUCAGCAAGUCCCUGUUGAAAGACAUCAGAUGGUAUCACCUCUCUACCAGACUUCUUCUCUGGAGGUACUUCACAGUCUUGAUAUAAUAUUUGCACCCAAACAUACUGCUUUUGCAUUCUUAGCUAUGUAUGCCAGGUAAAUUGCUGAACAAAUUAUACAGAAUGAUAAAACCAUCCUUUGCUAGAACUUGUGACAAUUUAAAUGUAACAAUAAACAAGAUACUUUUUUUGAAUUUCAAUUGAUAGACUUUUGUUGGCUGCCCUUCACUACAAUGAAAACAGUGAUCGUUUACAGGCAGUGACAAAGGAUGGAAGACCCUGCUACACAAUUAGGUUCCCAAAGUUCAAAAAGGGAGAGUAUUCAGUGCGAAAGGAAAAGACAUCUGCUACUUAUGGUACACUACUGGUCUCUCUUACUAUUUAGCAGAACUAAAAGUAUUUGAUUUGUUUGUUUCCUUGUUUUAACCUCGCUUUUUGUCCUCUUCAGUUCUAUUCCCUGAUAUUUUACCUUUCUUUGGAAGAAGUCAAAUAUUAACAAGUACAGCAAUUGUGUUUGUAUAAUUUAAAUUUUAUAACCCGACAAGACAAACAAUUACAUAACUCGUGAAUAUUUAUUAUUCCUAGGUUAUACUGAGGCUUUAAUUGAAAUGUUGUUAUUGGAGUAUGAAGAGGACCAAGGGUCAUUAAAGAAUUCUAUACAAGAUGUAAGGGAAUCCAUGCCAGCACCACUUGCUGCUUCCUUUGAGAAGCCCUGCAAAGAAACAGCACUUCAAGAAUAUGUCUCGGUUUGAACAGCGGUGAAAGUUCAUUCAAAGGUCAUUAGGACGAUAUUUUUACUUUGAAUAUAGCUCACAAGAUUCUAAGUUCAGCUUGCAAAACUAUCUUUCUGUAUUUCUAAUCGAAGCAAACACAAACAGGGUUCGAUAAUUGCACACUUGGAAAUCUACACGUGACAAUACGCUUAUCAAUAAUAGUGCUUCGGAGGUGAAGGAAAGCAAUACAUAAAUGUCUCCUGACGUACAGGCUCAACCGCUAGUGCUGUAAGACAUGAAUAAUUAUGAUCUGCAUUAACAUGCACCUUUGUUUCUCUCAAAGGUGAGGCGGUUUUAAUCCAGUGUAAGAUGUUCCAAACUCCGCUGGAAAAGUGCUUCGGAUUUUGUUUACCGCGCAAGAUGGCAGAGCGACCCUUACAUGUUUGCUAAGAUAAUCCCAGCACCCGCGAACAAUCUAGCGAACAAUGUAGCGAAAUUUCCU